UCCGCACGGCCUGCUGCUGCUGCUGAAGCUGCUGCUGCUGCUGCUGUUGCCCUCGUCAGCAGGUCACUCACACUUGAACUCUGUUUCUCUCUCUCUCAUUCUCUUUCCCUCUCUCUCUCUCUCUCUCUCUCUCUCACUUUCUCACUCUCAGGAGGCCUCUGUUUCUCCUCCGGGUUAUAUUCCUCCUGUGACUGACUGACAGGCAGUUCCUCCGAGGGAGAGACCGAGCCCCUCCACUCGUCCGUCUGUGGGAGCGGAGGUGUCGUUGCAACCAUCAGCAGUCGCGGGUCCUUUCAAACGGAAGCAGGUGCAAAGGCGGAGAGAAAAAAAAGAGACAGAAAAAGAAAGAAUCAUAACAGAGGAAGUGACUGACGCCCUUGGUGAUUGUAGUAGUACUGUAUCAUUAUUGUUGUUGUUGUUGUCGCCGCCGCCGCCGCCGCCGCCUCCGUUGUUGUUCUUUUUGUUGUUGGGGAGUUGGAGGGAGUGUGUGGACGGCCGUGAUAAAGAACAACCGCCAGCAUUGAUUCCCAGCGGGCGGCGCCCCCCUCCGGCCGCACGCCCCCGGAGGCUGUGGAGGCCGCCCAAACAACUACCGAAGAGGCCGCCCGCGAGAGGGAGACGACGCCCCUGGGCGGAGGAGGAGGGGACAGAGGCUGGACCCGCUGGUGGGAGGGAGGCGGAGAAGUAGACACGCCCGUCAAACUGGAAGUCAGGUCAGAGGUCGCGACCAAGAUGGAGGUCAGGCGACCCGACGACGAGGACAGGGGGGGCGGCUCUCCCGAAAUGAAGCUCAGGCCAACCACGCUGCAGUCACACGACCACGACUUUGGAAGAUCGCCCGUAGACUCCUGCAGCAGUGCCAACAGCAGUCCCGGGGGCUCUCCCGCACCUCGGUCUCCUUCGUCGUCUCCGCCUGCCGCCCACACGCCCAUAAUCACGCCCGCGCCCUUCCCGCCCCCUGCUCUGUCAUUACACCACCACCAGAUGACAGGAGGGCUCCUCAGCGGGCGGCUCUCUCCCCUCGGAGGCGCGGGUGGGGUCGGUGCAGGAGGAAGAUGUACCACCAGCCUCAGUAGCGUCUGCGUCUCCACCAGCGGGAUGGGAGUCACCAUGGCUCAGAAUGCGCUGGCCACCGUCAGUGUUGGGAGCAUGGGCGUGAGCAGCGUAGGCGUCGGCAGCGUGGGCGGAGGUGGGCGGCGUGUAUCCCCCGGGCUUCAGUGUCUGGUGUGUGGGGAUACUUCUUCGGGAAAACACUAUGGUAUCCUGGCCUGCAACGGGUGUUCAGGAUUCUUCAAAAGAUCCGUUCGGCGUAAGCUUAUUUAUAGGUGCCAGGCCGGAACCGGCGCAUGCGUCGUAGACAAGGCCCAUCGAAACCAAUGCCAGGCCUGUCGUCUAAAGAAGUGUCUACAGAUGGGAAUGAAUAAUAAAGACGCUGUGCAGAACGAGAGGCAACCCAGAAACACGGCGACCAUCAGACCGGAGGCCUUCGCGGAGAUGGAUCAGGAGAGGCUCCUAAGGGAGGCUGCUGUGGCCGUCGGAGUUUUCACACCCCCGUUGCCGCUCCCGGGCCUCGUCUCAGCAGCGAUGGGUUCCACCCGCGGCUUCCUGGCGCCCCCGUCCAUCACUACCUCCCCCUUCACCAACAAUCACGCCCACCACGCCCUCGCCUCAAUUACCACCACGCCGGCGCCCGUUCCUCCACCACCGCCGCCGCCUCCUCCACCUCCACCCACGACCUCCAACAAUAACAAUAACAACAACCCAGCCACCAUCAACCAUAUGACCAGUUCGAGUGGUGUUGGAGGAGGAGGAGGUGUUGGAGGAGGUGGUGGUGGAGGAGGAGGAGGGGGAGGUGGUGGGGGAUCAGUGAUUUCGAGUCUCCAGCCUCACUCACCCUCCAAGGACGACCUUGAACACGGUGUACGCAGUGGCGACUCCCCCUUGGAUGUAACAGGUGGAGGAAGUGACGAUGUAGGAGGCCCCAUCGUCCCCCACAUGCCUCCGGUCUCAUCCUGCUCCUCAUCAUCUUCAUCAGGGACGUCCUUUGUGGAAACGGGGCCCUUGUGGGAUCCCCUUCAGGAGUCCGUGCAGGAGACCGCAGCCAGGCUGCUCUUCAUGGCCGUCAAGUGGGCGAAGAACCUCCCUUCCUUCAGCAGUCUCCCCUUCCGCGAUCAGGUCGUGUUACUCGAGGAGGUGUGGUCCGAGUUGUUUGUUCUCAACGCAGUUCAGUGGUCCUUACCUCUGCCCACAUGCCCAUUACUUUCUCCUUCAGCUCACGCCCAUACCCUCGCCCAUGCCCAUAAAGCUGCCCAGGCUGCCCAUGACAUCAGACAGCUGUCAGAGGUGGCCGGAGCCUUCAGAGAUCUUGCUGUGGAUCCAGCUGAAUUCGCUUAUCUCAAAGCUAUUGUUCUAUUCCGACCAGUGCGUGGCCUCAAAGACUCUGCCCAAGUGGAGUCUCUGCAGGACCAAGCCCAAGUGAUGUUGAGCCAGCACGUGAGGGCUCACUACCCAGCACGUCCGGCCCGCUUCGGUCGACUGCUUCUCCUCCUUGCAACCCUCCGUUCGCCACCUCCCCCCAGAGUCCAAGCGCUCUUCUUUACCGCUACCAUAGGGAAUACCCCAAUGGAAAAGAUUUUGUGCGAUAUGUAUAAAAGCUGAGUGUGAGGCUUGGCUGCAUUUAAUUCCUAUCUCUGCGAUGACUUGACAAAAAGAUGAAAUGAGUCAAAACUAUACUUUUGUUAAAAAGUAGAUCAGGUUUUAUCUAUGGUUAUGAUAAACUUGCCAGGUGUUCAUUAUGUUAUUCUGAAUAUUACAGAUAUCUAUGGUUAAUUUUAUGACCUGUGAACAUGUGUAAACAUCUAAAGCUGAGAAUGUCAAAAGGUCUGUGCCAUAUAGCUGAUAGUACAAAUAACACUAGUCAAAAAAACUAGUCUUAUGCAACUGGCUGGAUUAACAGUCAUCAAGGUUGUACAGCUGCAUUGAAUUUUCUGAAAUUUUAACAACUGCAACAAGAAAAGGAUUGAAAAUCAACUGGUUGCAAUCAAUGACAGAUAUAACUACUGCCACCAACAAACCACAUGUUGUGACUGGCUCAACUCAUUUUAAGAGUACUGUACGCAGAUUCAAGUUGUGACUGAUGACCGACUGAAUUGUUACGGACAUUUUCAGCUGCUGAAGAUAAUCAACAACAAACUAGUUCAUCACAGACAUUAUGCUAGUCACAGCUAACAUCAGCUUGUUUGCUAUAUAUUGUACAUCAUACUCUAGUCAUGAAUAACACUGGCUUGUCUGUCACUGACUUAUUCUAGCCAAGACUAAUGUAAAACCUAUUCAUCACCCAAAUCGCAUUCUAGUCUUGACUACAAAUGACAUAUUAUAGCCAUAACUACAGUAAUAACAUAUCUUAUGUAAACCUCUUGAACAUAAAGUUCUUCAUAUUCUAGUCAUAUUUAACAUCAGCUUGUCCAUUACAGAAAGCUUGAUAUUCCAGUCAAAGCUAACAAAAACUUGUCCAAUACAGCCACCAUGUAUUCAUAACAGAUUUUCCAUGAAAAUCUCUGUUAGUUCCCGCACAAGACUAUCUUAGUUUUCCAAACAGGAAUGGACAUUCCAACACAAGGAACAACUAUGUAGUAGAGUAUUGUACAUUAACUGAGCAGUACAUUGUCACCAUACUAUCAUUUUAAAUCUAAUCAUUCUGAAUUUGGUGGGUAAAGGAUAUAGCAAUCAUAUCAACAAAAUCAUCAUUGCUGGAAGAGUAAUUGUCUUUUCACCUUAUUGAUUCCUGAUUUCUUAAUUUGGGUCAUAUCAUAAAAGGCACCCACAGAUUCCAGUUCCACAGCAGUGUUUUCUAUGUGCCAAAAUCUAAGAAGAAUGUUCAACUGGACUCAAGGCAAUGCUGUUCCCUGUACUGCUGUAUUUGGUCAGCAAAUAGGGUAGAAGACAAAAUGUACAGAGUAUAUAAUAAUUACUCAGCAAUGACCAUAUACAUUCAUGUGAAAUUAACCAAAAAAGGAAAUCAGCCUGCUAAACAAACUGUUCACUGAACAGAAUGGUAUACAUAUGUAAAUAAUACCUUAUCUUUAAAGAAUAACUGGAAACAAAAAAAGAUACAGUGCAUCAAUGAAGAAAAACAAGUAGUAUAUAACCAUCCCACAGUUGAAGCCAAAGCAAUUCCCAAAACGGACAUCCACACAGCGAAUGGGUCACCUACAAUCCAACAUCAUUACUGGAAUGACAAUUAAUUAGUUAAUCUAAGAUAUGCCUAGAUUCACCAAUACAUACUUCAUCCGAGUGAUGUGAGAACUUGUCUAAAAUGCAAUAUUACUAAAAAGAAACUCAUAUAAAAUCUAGUAUUUUACUCAAGAAUAUUGGAAUGAAUGCUCACCAAUGAGAUUAGCUGUUCCCUGAGGAAAAGGUCACUACUAUAUUCACCCUCUUAAUACCUUUAUCAUUGUUAUUAUCAUUUUCAUUAUUAUUAGUAUUAUAUGAACCAAAAGUCUGAAGGAAGAAGCCUUUAAAAUCAUUCACUUUCAAAUCAACCUUUCACAAAAUAUUAGAAAGCCCAAAUACAUACAAAAAACAGCAAUCAACAAAUAGUUUACACAGAAAGAAUAUUGACAUCUGAUAAUUGAAUAAUACAAUUCCCAAUACAAUACAGAACAUUACCAAAUAAUCAUCCAACUCAAAUACAGUACAAGUGUACAUGAAGUUCAUCUAAAUCUGAUAUAUAUACUUGACAUGAUGAGCAUCAUAUAAAAAAAAGAUGCCUUGUUCACAACACUAACUCUAGUUUUCACCACUCCAAACCUACUUCGCUAGAACCCCCUUUAUGAUUUUCUUUUUCCAUUACCAAUUAAAUAAAAUCUUUUUCACGAAAUUAAAAUUUGUGUAAUCAAGUUUUCAUUUUUCACUUUCAAUAUAUGGAAGUAAAUUUUUAAAAAUUAAAAUCCAUGAAGACAUGCCAAGUUAAUUAAUUUUCUAGCUUACAAAAACCUACAAAAAUCAUAUGAGUAUUAUUAAAGUUUUCAGGUUAUAAAUUUUAAAUUUUUGUGCAAAUAUUUCUCAACGCCUAAAAACUGUAACAUUUCUGAUGAACUUACUAUGAUGAGUCCUACAAUUAUAACAAAAUAAAGUAUGUCCAUAACUUGGAAAGUAUGGCAAAACUUUAAUAGAAACUACAUACUAGUGUGCAUAUAAUUCUAAACACUGGAAGUGUCAUAAACACUGAAGCCCCAAAUGUGACCCCUCAGUGAGUGUGUGAAAUGCAACAUACUUUGACUUGAAAACAUGACCAAUCCCAGAACUUGACUUCAAAUACCAGCUAAGACUGAUCAAAAAAUUAUCCUGAGCAAAAUGCUAAGGAUAAAAUCGCUCUUGUUAAAUCAGUGUCUGAUUACUGUACUUAGCUCUAGAUAUGUUUAUGGUUAGCUAAAGUAGCCUAAUUGUACUCUGUGUGAAAAUCGAUGUUUCUGUUUACAAAAAAACAAUGGACAGUAUUAUGAAUUCUAAAUGAGGUCUGCUUUGUGUGUAUGUGUGCAAUAAAAUACUG